AUGGGAAACUGUGCUUCCUGUCUCGGUCUCCGUCACCGCGAUAGUUACGACGAUGCGGACGAGGAGAACCGGGAUCUAUUUGACGAUUCCAGCAGCCUGAGUUACAAUACUUUCGACCACCAACACCCAAUCAACCAGGAAGAUCCUCAAGAAGUACAACGAGAGAUUGAAGCGUUGCAAAGAGUGGUAGCACGCACAUCCGAUGCGAUGGUCGAUAUUUACGAGAUCGUUCCCCAAGACAAGCCCACUCAGGCGGCGCCCGACCCAUAUGCGUAUGCCGGCCAAGAUGCGACCACGGCUCGAUACCAGACUCUCCUGUCGAAACUGUCAUCUCACGACGACCUGCUUUCGGUUGCGCGGGUAGACUGGGGCACGCCGGACGACGAUACGAUUGAGAUGCAGCAAGGUGCGGUGCCUGUCAAGGUUGACGAUGGUGGAAGCCUCGUUGGAAACUUCGCCGAUGCGGCCGCUGCGAUGCGAUGA